AUGAUGUCCCUUAGUGCUACUGGUGCAAAAGUCAGCCCCUUUGUGCACAGAGCCUGUGCAGGCUCCCUGUUGUCAGCAGAGGGAGAGGUCCCAAGGCGCAGUUCACCGCCUUGCGGGGUCCCUCAAGGAGAGGUCCUCGCCAGUCAGGACUCCUCGGUCCAGGCAGGAGAGGCGGAGCGGCAGGAGAGCACGGAUAGAGUGCGCAGCGCUCAGGAGUUCAGAUGGAAGCAGUUGUCUGCAUUUGAGGGAAAGCACCACUCCUCACUAGAGAGGGUGUUUGAAGUGGCGGCACAGACAGCGGAGGAAUCACAGCCUCAGAGGGAUCUGCUGAAGGAAGCAGUUCCUCUGGCAGCGCCAAAGGUUUGCCGCCCGCAGCGGCCAGCCCACAGGGGUCUGGAGAAGCUGCUCCAGGAGUUCUCUCGCCAAGGGCACGCACUGUCCCAGGUGUGCAGAGAGAAGGCGGUGCUGGCGCAAGAGAACGCUGCCCUGGAAGCCCGACUGGCAGCCACGGAGCGGGACCUACGAGGCGUUUCAGAGCAGCUGGCAGAGGCCAGCAGCAUCCUCCGAAGAAGCCUCCUCUCCGCAGCCCGAAAACCCGAGUGUGAGCAGUUCGGCCCUCUCAAGCCGGGAGAAAGAGAAGCAGUUCCUGAGGCUGCUGAGUACGUCCUGGGGAUUGCUUGUGCCAUCGAGCAGCGCAUUAUAGUGUGGCGUGUGGUGAGUUUGGGAGAUCCAGAGAAGAAGUACACUGGAUGGAAACCUAUUGGCAGUGGGGGGUUUGGAACCGUUUAUAAGGCCUUCAAUGCUGCCACAGGACGAGCGGUGGCCGUAAAGCAAGUUAAUCUCCAGCAGCAGGGCUGCGAGGAUGUGUUGAAGGAAAUCCUGGUCAUGAAGGAAUAUAAGAACCCCAAUAUUGUCACCUACCUAGAAAGCUACCUUGUCAGUGAGGAUGUCCUGGUGGUGUUGGAGUAUAUGGAUGGAGGCUCCUUAGCUGAUGUGGUCAGCAUGAAAAGGAUGGCUGUAGGACACAUAGCAACAGUGUGUCGGGAGUGCCUGCAAGGCCUGGCUUUCCUUCAUGCCAACCAGGUGAUCCACAGAGACAUCAAAAGUGACAACAUCCUUCUGGGCCGGGAUGGCUCCGUCAAGCUGGCUGAUUUUGGCCUCUGUGCUCCGUUCAGCCCUGAGCAGAGUAAACGGAGGUCGAUGGUCGGGACCACUUGCUGGAUGGCACCCGAGGUGGUGAGAAGAGAGCCAUACGGCCCCAAAGUGGACAUCUGGUCCCUUGGCAUCGUGGGAAUAGAAAUGGCCAAAGGAGAGGCUCCUUAUAUUCGGGAAACCAGUGAGAGGGCUAACUACCUGAUAGGCAAGCAAGGCGUACCAGACCUGCACAAGCUCAGGCUGCCCUCUGGCUUGUGUGAAUUUCUGGGCUGCUGCCUGCAGAUGGAUGUGGACAGGCGAGGCUCUGCCAAGGAACUUCUGCAGCAUCCAUUUCUCCAGUCAGCGGAGCCUCUCUUAAACCUCUUCUGA